CUUUCCCUUCCUAUAAAGCUUGAAAGCAAUACAAGACGACCAGGAUAUCUUAAAUAUAAUUCAAUAAUAUUGCUUCGCCGGAACGAUUCUUUGAUAGCUAAGAGAAAAUGGGAGUUGAAGAUAUUGAGUCCGGAGUUACCCAAGGGUUGCUAGAAGAUGCAGCUGAGAUCGAAAUUGGAAUACUGUCGAAAGAAAAAUCAAUGAACGACACAGAUUUGAAAGAAACGUUGGAUCAGCGCCAUCGGCCUUUACAUCACCUACUUGAAGAUUCUAAAGAAGCAAGACAAGAAUAUCUACAAACGGUUCCUCCUCUUAACAAAGCUGUAUUGAAGAAUGACAUUAAAACUGUACUAAGAAUCAUAAAGAAAGAUAGUCGAUUGUUACGAACCGCAAUCACAAGGGCAGAAGAAACUAUUCUUCACGUAGCGGCUGGAGCAAAAAACCUUCACUUGGUGAAGGAGUUGGUGAACUUGAUGGAGGAAGAUGAUCUGGCUUUACAGGACUGCAAAGGCAACACGGCAUUUUGCUAUGCCACUAUCACCGGAAGCAUAGAUAUUGCCAUUAUUCUUAUGAACAAAAAUAAGAAUUUGCCACUUGUUCGAGGUGGCCAAGGAAUGACACCACUUUACAUGGCCACUUUGUUUGGGCAUAGUAAAAUGUCAUGGUUUCUCUAUCCUAUUACCAAGAAGAUUCUUGAGCAGGGCGAAUGGAUGGGAAUUUUCUUCACAUGUAUCCAUUCUGAUUUGUACGGUCUGGCAUUGCGUAUGCUUGAAGAGGACAGUGAACUCGCAAUUGCCCGUGAUGUGAAUAAUGAUACUGCCUUGCAUAUUUUAGCUAGAAAAACCUAUGUCUUUUGUCACCAAACUCCAAGACUAUGGAAAUGGAAGAGCUCCAACGACAACAACUCAAGUCUGUUACCUUGGUUCAAAAAGAGUCUGAAUAAAGAAAAUCAAGCUCUUCAACUUGUUAGAGGCCUAUGGAAUGAAAUUUUAGUACGUUUACCAAACUUGGAGGUAAACAAACUAAUUAACAGACCAUCAAGCUUAUUAUUUGAGGCAGCCGAAUUAGGCAACUUUCAUUUUUUGAUUGAGCUUAUUCGUGCACAACCGGAUUUGGUAUGGGAUGUCGAUGAAAAAAAUAGAACCAUAUUCCAUAUUGCUGUAUUGAAUCGACAUUCAAACAUCUUCAAUUUAAUACAUGAGAUUGGCUCAAUUAAGGAUGUCAUCAUAACAUUUCAAGAUGAUGAUAAUAACAACAUAUUACACCUGGCUGCAACAUUGCCACCUUCACAUAAAUUCAACGAAAAAUUUGGAGGAGCUCUAAAGAUGCAACAAGAGUUAUCAUGGUUCAAGGAAGUGCAGAAGUUCAUGCUACCAUCAUAUGCCCAUAUGAAAAAUUCAGAGGGCUUGACUCCUAAAGAAGUUUUCAAUACAGAACAUGCCUCUUUGUUGAAAGAAGGAGACCGUUGGAUGAAAAGCACUAGUAAAUCAUGCUUAAUGGUUUCAAUACUUAUUUUUGUUGGAGUUCUAAUCACUGCCUCUCGUGCCCCUUAUUAUGACAAUGAAGGAAGAAACUCAAAUCGGUUAAAUUCUGUAGCAUUGUCUUCAUCUUUCUUCUCAACGUUAACAUUCCUGUCAAUUAUCACAUCUAGUUAUCCGAAAGUCGAAGUCCUCGUUUCACUACCCUUCAAGUUGAUUAUGGGACUUGCAACGCUCUUCAUCUCUUUGACAACCAUGUUGGCAGCAUUCAAUGGAGAACAUGCCUCUUUGUUGAAAGAAGGAGACCGUUGGAUGAAAAGCACUAGUAAAUCAUGCUUAAUGGUUUCAAUACUUAUUUUUGUUGGAGUUCUAAUCACUGCCUCUCGUGCCCCUUAUUAUGACAAUGAAGGAAGAAACUCAAAUCGGUUAAAUUCUGUAGCAUUGUCUUCAUCUUUCUUCUCAACGUUAACAUUCCUGUCAAUUAUCACAUCUAGUUAUCCGAAAGUCGAAGUCCUCGUUUCACUACCCUUCAAGUUGAUUAUGGGACUUGCAACGCUCUUCAUCUCUUUGACAACCAUGUUGGCAGCAUUCAAUGGAGUGAUGCAGAACUACUAGAUGAAUAAAAUUCCGAAUUGAGGCAUUUGUUUGUUCUCAUGCUUGCCAAAAUUUAGGUUGAAGUGCAAUUCAAAGGCACGUGUUGUUGGUCAAGUAUGCACAAUAAGAAAAUUGUGCAGGCCACCUUGAGAAGUACAAUUCAUACAAAAUGUCGCUAGAAGAAUUUAUGUCUGCGCAUCAUGUUUGUGUACGUAAACGAGAAUUGAAUAAAGAUUUGGACUAAUCCAUGAUUUGCAUUUUAGCAAUGCAUUUGUGUGGGAGGGAAUUUAUUUUCUCAGUUUAAAAAUGUUUUAAUGAUAAUGUAAGUGUUGGUGUAUGUGCUCUUAAAUUGUAUUUCUAUAAAAUAUUUACCGAAUAUUUAAAUAACGAUAAUUAAUGUUA